AUGGCGGGGGAGAGGGCGAAGCUGCUCUGCAGCUUCGGGGGAGAUUUCGUGAGUGAGGGCGGGAAACCGUACUACGUAGGGGGGAAGACGCGCCUGGUCUCGAUCGAACGCUCUGCGAGCUUUGGAUCGGUGCGGGCGAAGAUGUCGGAGCUCUGCAACAUUGACCAGGACGCCAUUGAUAUAAAAUUCCGGCUUCCGGACUAUGGGAUGUACGAUUCCACGCUUGUCUCGGUGGAGUCUGAUGAUGAUAUGAGGAACAUGAUGGAGGAGUUUGACAUCAGCCACAAGAUCCCCAUAUUUCUGUUCACAGAUAAAACCCAGAACAAGGAGUUGGAUCAGGAAGACGUUGAAUCCGGAGCUGCCAGCAUCGGCUUCAGCGUCAGUGAAGUUCCUACACUGGAGACUGAGCUGAUCAGCACUGCAAAUGAAGACAUUCGGUAAUUAUCCAUCCAUCCCCAUAUUCAUUUUCUCUUCUUUCGGCGAACCUCCCUGAUUUCCUUUCUCGUCAAUUUUAUAAACGCGUAGAAAUUGAUAAUCCACUGCCAAUUCAUCCCCGGAAAAUAUUCUGAUCCCAUUACUACACCCUUUUCGGAUCAUCAUUAGGAGAUUUCUCUUUCUGUAGCAACAGCAGUGAGAUUAGAUGUUAUCAUAAGAAUUUAGAAAACUUGGAUUUCUUAGCUAUUCAUCCAGCUAAGUUUUCACAUUUCUUUUCUCUUCACUUCCUUCAUGAGCAGAGAUUCUGUCAUCCCCUUGCCGGGUCAAUCACGUCUUGCGAGCUGGUGCGGUCCCACCACUUCUGCAACAUCUUCCAGGGGGGAUCAUGGUCAGCCACCGGCGAUUAAUUCGAGCAUGAUCUGCAAGAUGUUCCUGAGAGAUUCAGAGUCUCUCAGUGUUGGCCAAGAGUAUGAAGAUGUGCAGACAUUCCGGAAUGCCCUCACCAGUGUGGCGAUCGCCGCCAAUUUUGAGCUCCACAUGAUCCGGUCUGACCAGCGGCGUGUCACUGCCAGGUAGAUGUGAGUCGAACUAUUGCCUCUGAUGUAUUUAAUCUCUCUAAGUAAAAACCCAACUGGGUACAUUAAGAGCUUCAGUUACGAGAAGCCUCCUCAGCUAAGCAGUUGACCAUAUAAGAAUGGCAUCUGCAUCAUUGGUAAAAUACAUAAUUUCUUACUCAGAUUGGCUCAGUUUAAUGUUUUAUUUCCUUUGGGGAAUCACCCACGAUUGUGCUGAACUGCUCCUGUUGAAAAUUUCCUGCACAAAAAGUGUUGAGCGAGGAAACCGAAUCUUCUGCUGAGCUUUGGAUAUACUAGCUGACAGAUCAUUGAUCAUUCUUCCAUGCUGUCUUUAUUAUCGCUGAUCAGAAGAUUUCCUAUUGAGGAAAAACAGUAUUCUUCUAUAGUCCGAGCUUGUCCAACCAGGGACCAACCUAAAGGAACCAAGCCCUUUAGAGAGUCUACACAGAGAUGAAGACACUAGUACAAAGAAGGUUGACAAUAGAAACAUUAGGUCCUGGUAUUAUUAAUUAUUCCUGGAUUGCUGCAUAGUCAUCUAAUUGUCUAGACAACAUCAUCAUCGUUCUAGUUCCAGACUUGCUGAAUAGUCACCUUCGUGGCCGUGCUGCAGGUGUGCUGGAGAGGGUUGCAGGUGGCGUGUACACGCAUCGAAGCUCCCGCAGGUCAACACAUUCAGAGUGAGGACCCUGAUGCCCGAUCACACGUGCGUGAGGUCGGAAAAUGUGGGCCAUCGACAGGCAACGGCCAAGUGGAUCGCCAACUGCAUCAGAGACAGGCUCCGGGAAAAUCGGAACUACAAGCCCCGAGAGAUCUUAAACGACAUCCAUCGAGAGUACGGGGUCGUCGUCACCUACAAACGGGCUUUCCUUGGCCGGGAGAAGGCUCUGGAGGAGCUUAAAUCAGAGCUGGUAGGGGAUGCCUCUGAGGCCGAGGAUAGCCAUGGAGAGGUCCAAGCGUGGGGCGAAGUAGACGAUCCACCCAGAUUGAAGCAGGUUUGCAGGCCCUUCAAGGAGGUUCGGCCGCUGCACUGCACCCGCUGCAACCAGAUGGGACACAACAGGAGGACUUGUGCAACGCCUGAGCCCGCUCAAGGUUCGGUCUUUUGACCUGGGUCUGCUUCUGGAACAGCAUCAUUUCCUUUUUCUGGCCAAUCUUCUGGCUUCUCCUGCUGAAUUAAUUCAUUCUCAUGUUAUCCACAGACGAGUUGGGCUAGAAACUGUGGCCUUGCCUUCCCAUCCCCUGCAAUAGGUGAGUACUCUUUUUCUUCUUCAUCUUCUUCUACAAGAUUUUUCUGUAAUUAUAUGAAAGCCUGUGUUAGGUUGGGUCUGGAGCUGGUCUCUGUGGAAGGAAGCUGAGCAGGAGACUGAGUGGAUCAGGUAUCCCUUUGCGGCCUCCUGCUGUAUAUACUAAAUUAUGGAUUAAAUCUCCUUGUAUUAAGUAACAUGGUUUGUAUAUAUAUAUAUACAUAUAUAUUAUCCUAUGUGGAUCCGUUCUGUUCAGCUAGUUGGAGAACUCAUUUGCUUGUGCCUUUUCCUUUCUUGGUGCUGUGAUUGAGGGGAUAUGGACGUCUUUUGGCUUCUGGGAGAUGGAUUUUUUCCAGAAAAAAUGGUCUAAAAAAAUACUAUUUUUGAGUUUUUUGAGUUUUUUUAGCUUUUUAUAGUAAUACGAAAAUGCAGAGAGCGCUUUUUUUUUUAUGGGGCUGUCAAUGGGUUCCAUGGGCUGGAAAUGCUGACCUGGGAGUCAGAUGGUUAUCCCUCACGUGGAUGGUGACGUGGCUCAUUGAAGAAUCUCUCUCUUGUUCUCACCCCGCCUGCCUCAAAUGAUUUGUUAGAAAUAUUUUAAGCAAUUAAUUUUUGGAGAAUAUCCUCGUCUUUACGGGGUGGGCCCAAAUCUGGGCCCGAAAUACGUGGUGUGGCGACGUGGCAUUCGAAGAUACUGGGCCCCAUUGGGAGUAUUAUGACGGAAAUAUUUUUUUUCUCAACCCGAAUUUAGCUUAAUUUAUGAAUAUUCUGAGCGUGUUGGGCGGGGUGGGCCUAUCAGGGCACCUCAACUGCCGUCCUUCGUCAGCGUCCAUCUGACAGCUCGGAUGAGGGGACCGUUGUGACGGAAGACUGA